GGGACGAGGGGACCCACCCCGGGGAACUUCAUGAGCCGGGCUUCGACGCGUUUCUUCGGGGAGAGAAGACGAGGCUGCUGGCCACGGAGCGAAGAUGAAGAAGCAGUUCAAUCGGAUGAAGCAGCUCGCGAAUCAAACAGUUGGCAGAGCGGAGAAAACAGAAGUCCUCAGUGAUGACCUCCUCCAGAUCGAACGGCGCAUGGAGUUGGUGCGGGUGGUGUCCCACAACACGCACAAGAGGAUGGUGUCCUGUCUACAGGGACACAUCGGUGCGGACGCAGAGAAGAGACAUUCCGUACCACGCCUCUAUACAGGAAAUGGUCAGAAAAAGCUCCCUCUGACAGCUUUGUCCCAAGCGAUGGUGGAAGGUGGGAACCAACUGGGAGAAGACUCCUUGAUAGGGAAGAUGAUGGAAGUGUGCGGUGAGGCAGAGAAUCGUCUGGCAUCAGAAUUGAUGCAACACGAGCUGCAGAUAGAGAAGGACGUUCUGGAUCCACUCAGCCAGCUAGCAGAGGUGGACAUCCCCAACAUCCUGAAGCAGAGGAAACAGCUGGCCAAGUUAGUGCUGGACUACGAUUCCGCCAGAGCAAGAUGGUUGCAGGCAACCAAGUCAAUAAUCUCAGGAACGAAUACACAUGCACUGACGGCCAAGGCUGACCUACUCAAGGAGGAGGUGGAUGAGGCCAUGAAUAAAGUGGAGCUUUGCAAGGAUCAACUUGCUGCCGACAUGUACAGUUUUUUCUCAAAGGAAGGCGACUAUGCCCGUUACUUUGUAAUGCUCUUAGAAGCUCAAGCUGAUUACCACAGAAAGUCUCUCACUCUUCUGGAGAGCGUCUUGCCCACCAUCCAGGCUCAACAAGACUCGUGGACAGAGAAGCCUGCAUUUGGCACGGGGCUGGAUGAACACCUGAAGAGAUGUGGAAGGGAGAUCGCUCUGCCAUUAGAGGCCUGCGUCAUGAUGCUUCUGGAGACUGGCAUGAAGGAAGAGGGUCUAUUCAGAAUCGCAGCAGGAGCGUCCAAGCUAAAGAAGCUAAAGGCGGCACUGGACUGUUCCACUUCCCAACUGGAGGAGUUCUACUCUGACCCCCACGCUGUUGCUGGAGCGCUGAAGUCCUACCUGAGGGAGCUCCCAGAACCUCUGAUGAACUACCAGCUUUAUGAUGAAUGGAUCCAGGCAUCCAGUGUGACAGACCCAGACAAGAGGCUCCAGGCACUCUGGGUUGUAUGUGAUAAGCUACCAAAGAACAACAAAUCCAACCUGAGGUAUCUGGUGAAGUUUUUAGCCAAACUGGCUCAGGACAGCGAGACAAACAAAAUGACUGCUAGCAACCUCGCCAUUGUCCUGGGACCCAAUCUGCUCUGGGCCAAAACUGAGGGGAGUCUGGCUGAAAUAGCUGCAGCUACCUCUGUGCACGUGGUGACCAUCGUGGAGCCCAUUAUCCAGCAUGCAGACUGGUUCUUUCCUGAGGAGGUGGACUUCAACGUGUCCGGCAUGUUUGCAAUGCCCAUACCGGCAUCAAACCACAACAAUCACCUGGACUAUGACUGCAGCACCAUUGAGAGGAAGAGGCCUGGCAGUUCGAUGGGACCAGAGAACGACACAACGCGCAAAGACAACACCCCUAACAAGCACUCGGACCACACCCUCCGUAGAGGCAGUAACACCUUAGGUAGAAAGCAGCACACUUCACCUGCCUUCCAGCCCCCUUUACCCCCUGUGGAGGCUCCAGGGCAGGGGCACGGGGCUGGGCAGGUCCCCCAGGCCUCAGCCGAGCCCCAGCCACAAGCUCCUCCGGGGGGGGCUGGGCCUGACGCUGGCCAGCAUAGCUUGGCGCAGAGUUUGGCUGCUCUCGCAGCAGCUCAGCAGCUUCUAGCCCAGCACACAGAAGAGCUCAGCAACCCAAGGCUACGUGACUCCACAUCCGGCCCGACCCCUCUGCUCCAGAGGAACGGCUCUGGAGGGGGGGGCCAGUCUGUAGGACACAUGGGCACUGGGAGCUCUGGGGCUGGAUCCAAGGGGCCCAGCCCUCACACGCUGCGCAGAGGUACCAAGAAACAGGCUCCUCCCCCUCCUAAACCGGCAAACCCCCCUCCCAGCCAGCCCUUUAAUUCAGUGAACCACGCCUCCUUGUCAGGCUCCUCCCAGUCCCUCAGCCCGACCCCCAGACCUCUGUCCAGCCACUCCCCCACCUCGCCCACCUCUCCGACCUCCCAGCCAUGUGCCACGCCCAGACGCCACUCCAGCAACCAGCCACCGAUCCAGGCGCCCAGCCACCCGCCCCCGGAGCCUCCGACACCGACCAGUCCCGUGAUGCCGCUCGCAUCGCUCGGCCAGUCCUCCGGGGACCAGCAGAGCUCGGACCCCUCGCCUCCGGGCACCCCGACCCCUCCGGACACCCCUCCGCCCUCCACCGCCACCCAGGAUGCAGUCGCUCCUCCGUCCCCGUCUCCCUUCCAGUCGGGGUCUCUUCCCCGGCCGCGACCCGUCCCCAAGCCCCGGAACAGACCCAACAUCCCACCGCCGCCUCAACCCGGCCCACUGACCGGAGACACUAAUGGGAUCUGUGCCACUGCAUACAAGAUGAUGGACCCGUCCAUGUCUUUCAAAGGGCUGAGUCGAGCGUUGGUCCCUGAGUUUGCUGUAGAGCAGCAGCCAGCGAUGAGCCCUUCAUCUUCCUCCUCCUCCUCAUCAUCCUCCUCCUCCUCCUCCAUGCCGCCUCCUCCCAAAGACUGUGACCUGGACACUGAGAGCACCGUCCUAUAAGGAGGAGACCAUGACACACUCUGGUCCAGAAACACCCCUCACACACCUCCUCUCAUCAUACACACACCUCAGUUAGUCUCCUUCUGUUUCCUGCAGCCCUCCUCACACUGAGACCAUCCUCUGCUGCUUUUCAGCACCAUGAUCCACUCUUAACGUGACAUACCGCCCGUUCUGGCAGUGAUGGACGUCCCAGUGCUCUCAGUGAAUAAUGGCUGGGCUACAUGAUUGUUUGACUUAACUUCCUCCCAAUGUACACAAACGAUUCACAUCAUUUGGAGCCACAGCAGGGAUCGUGGUGCAGAGCCGCUGUAUCCAGGCUCAGCUCGGCCAAUCCUGAGUCAACUUCAGCUGUCAAUCAUGACGUUUCACCCUGUUUUUAUAGCAUUAAAUAACUAAUGAAACCACGUACUAGAAAAAUGUACACUUGAACAAGAACUACCUAAAAUGAGAACAAAUUAUUUGACGUGACUUUAUUUGGCUCCAUAUCUCGCCCACUAAGGAGGCAGGGAUUAAGACCUAUACUUCAGCCAGCCACUAGUGGGCGGUCAAGAUGAUUAUGCUCCAACAGAGCUGAAUUAAAACGGUUAAUGUUAUUAGAAAUCUGAUGGUAUAUGUGUUCAAUACACAACACUCUAACUAUCUCAACUUAGUCAACACUUUGUUGUCAGAAUGUUCGAUUUACUUGCAAGUUAACUAGUGUAAUAACACUAACUGUUAAAAUUACAGACAAAGAUUAGCAGUAGAUUAUUAUUUUUUUUCCACAUUAAUUAAUUUAUAAAACUAUAGAGUUAAGAGCUGAAAGUCAAUUAAAGGGGAAACAAUUUUUCAUGAUCGAUUAGGUUUUAAGUCAAAUGCUAAAAUGAAACGGUUCCAGCUUUUUUUCAGUCUUCCAUGAUAUUUAAUAAGAUCUUUGUCUCAAGGCACAUUGUACAAUUCACUUUCACUCAUAGUGGAAUUGAACUGACCUCGAUUCAGUUUUUUACCGCUUCGCUAGUUUCAAACUCAAGCUGUCGGCCAUUAUUCACUCACUGAGUCGUUUUGACUACCAUGACGGUGCAACGUGUGUCCGUGAAGAGACGUGUGACACACACACUUACACACACACACACUUACACACACACACACAUAUCCAUCUUCAUACCGCACUUCCUGCAGAAAGACCUCCAGACAAUCAAACAGCAGAGCGGGAGGACAGAAGAUUCACCAGUGACGCUGUCGGACAUUGAUGCGUAGCAAUAUGAAGCACGGCCACUGACUGUGAACAGAAAAGAAUGGGUUUU